CUUCCCUCCCUGCCCCCCCAACACCGAAGGGAAGAGACAAUUCUCCUCCGAGCAGCAGCAAACAUGAUGGCGGCAGCUCCCAUCCAGCAGAACGGGACCCACACCGGGGUUCCCAUAGACCUGGACCCGCCGGACUCCCGGAAAAGACCGCUGGAAGCCCCCCCCGAAGCGGGCAGCACCAAGAGGACCAACACGGGCGAGGAUGGCCAAUAUUUUCUAAAGGUCCUCAUACCUAGUUAUGCUGCUGGAUCUAUAAUUGGGAAGGGAGGACAGACAAUUGUUCAGUUGCAGAAAGAGACUGGGGCCACCAUCAAGCUGUCUAAAUCCAAAGAUUUUUACCCAGGUUACCAGCUGACUUUCCGAUUGUCUGAACUUCUGUAGUUUAAGUUUGUGCUUAUCCCUGAUUCUUUCAGUCCUGUCCCACUGGAUUAGAAGAAACAAAAUUAGACUGGCAAAAAAUAGGCCCUACUUUUAAAGUAAUGCUGGUAACUUUUGCAGAGAAGUAUAGUGUAUGUAUUGACUGCUAAGUUUUGGUCCAAAAUUUAAAUACUGACAUAGCCAUUCUGCAUGAAUACUGAUAAAGUGAGCUUCAUAGAGAAAGUGGCCCUUUUGGUGACCUGUUCUGAUUUAUGGUUGUAUUUUGAACAAUAUAAAGCAGCGUCAGUAUUUUUGUUGCAUUAAGCUCUCAUUGUUUUCUGUUUCUCCAUUCUAAAUUAUAGCAAGUGCUGGACUUGAGAACUCCUGUGGACAUAUGUAUUUUUUCCAUUGCGAAUGCUGACGCGCUUGCAUUCCCUCUUGCUUUCUCUCAGCCCUCACCCCCGCCCCCUUCAAGUCUCUCACUCACACACACACAUGCACAAAAUUAUGUUACAUUGCAUCACGUUGUUUAUCUUGCAACAGGAUCUUGCCUGAUCUGAACUUGAUGCUUGAGUGAGUUUGAGCUCGGUCACUGUUUUUUAAUUUAUUGGAAUAUGAAGUCAUAUGUGUACUUAGAUCAUAUUAAGAGCAGAGCUUAAUAAAAACAUAAUUAAGUGGAGAUAAGGUUUUACUGCCUUUAACAAUAGAGGAGCUGUGUUGUUUUUAAAACAGAUUUC